AUGGAUACUGGAACCGGCCAGUUGGCCCCUCAGGUCAUUGGGGAGACUGAAGCCCUGCAGCAGUUCUUCAGUGGUCACGAUAUGAGUGGCAUGUUAGAUAGCUCCGUUGCCGUGGAUACAAGUAUCCUGGAGCAGUACCUGAGUGCUGACAUGGACCCCAGCAACUUCAUGCUCCCUGAGUCUCCUCCUGAUUCCAGCUCAGAAUCCUGUUCACCUGCACAGAUCCCAGAUUUUCACUACGAGUCAUCCUAUUGGUCCAAACCUGCUGUGUCCCCGUCCGGUCAUUUUAAUGAUCCAAGCUCCAUCCCACCUCACGCCGGCCCGCUCACCCAUGACCAGCUUCGAUGUUUGGGUUUCACUAAAACCUACAUCAAGACUGCCGCUCCAUCUGCUCCACCUGCACACAGCCAGAGGUCCCCAGACAGUAAAAAGAGAAGGAGAUCCGAGUCUGAUACUUCAGUCUCUGAUGGUGCUGGGACUCGUGGAUCUGCUCAGGGAUCCUAUCAGAUGCUGUCAUGGGAGCAGUACAUCCCAGAACAGUGGUGCAGUUUGCAUGACAGCAGCUUUCAAACAUUGCCUCCUCCUAUUUACCACGUUGACACAGACAAAGGCUUCAGCUACUCUCCGGCUGACGAGGUCUUCAUUUGCCAGAAGAAGAACCACUUUCAGGUCACAGUUCACAUCGGUGUGGCAGCAGAGCCGCAGUUCGUCACAACGCCCAGCGGGCCACAGCAAAUCCACCACUUCCAGAUCAAAGUGUUUGGGGUGAAGCUGGAAACAAACCACCUGGUGACCAUCGAGCAGUCUCAACCUGACCGCAGUAAAAAACCCUUUCAGCCCAUCAGGCUCAGUCUACCUGCGAGGCAAAUAACCAAAGUGACACUUGGUCGACUGCACUUCAGUGAAACAACAGCCAAUAACAUCAGGAAGAAGGGCAAACCCAACCCGGACCAGAGGUACUUUCAGAUGGUGGUUGGUCUGUAUGCUGUAGUUAGAGAGGAGACCUUCCUGCUCACAGCUCUGGUAUCAGAGCGAAUCAUUGUCAGGGCUUCCAACCCGGGCCAGUUUGAGACCGACAGUGACGCUAUGUGGCAGCGUGGGGCAGUGCAGGACUCUGUGGUGUAUCAGGGCUCGGUGGGCAUCAACACAGACUCCCCAGACGAGGCUUUGGUCGUCUGUGGCAACGCCAAAGUCAUGGGCAACAUCCUGCAGCCGUCAGACUCUCGCGCCAAGCACAACAUCCAGGAGGCGGAUUCUGAGCAGCAACUGAAAAGAAUCAAUCAGAUGAGGAUUGUCGAAUUCAAUUACAGACCAGAGUUUGCCUCCACGGUGGGAAUAGAUGAAGACCACCAAACAGGCGUAAUCGCCCAGGAGGUGAAGGAGCUGCUGCCUCGAGCUGUGAAGCAGGCCGGAGACAUCACCUGCUCCGAUGGAGAGACCAUCAAAAACCUGCUCAUGGUAGACAAGGAGCAGAUCUUCAUGGAGAAUGUUGGAGCAGUGCAGCAGCUUUCUAAGAUCACCGACAACCUGGAGACUCGGAUCAAAGAGCUGGAGGUGUGGAACCAACAACUGGCCAAGCUGAGGACCCUGAGAGGCAGCCUGCGCUCCACGGGGAAGCCUCAGAGACACAGCAUCGUUCCGACGACAUCUAAUCAUGACUCCUGUAAGACUGAGAAAGUCCAGAAGAGUGGUCCCGGGGGUACCGAGGGUUCUGGUGGUCUCAAACACAGACACAAAAUGCAGUACAAAAUUCUCCAGGCCAGCAUCUUCACUCUGCUGGCCACCAUGGCCUUCAGUGUCAUCUCCAUCACCUCACUGUACCUGUUGAAUCUGAAGGAGGAAAGCUCUGUGGGUUUUCCCGGCCACAGUAACGGCAGCAGUGUUCCUCAGCUGUCGACGGUCUGGCCCACCACAGUCUCAGUGACCUCCGCUCCGAGCCUCUGGCCCCCAGAAGUGGAUUUCUGUGACCUGCUGUACUGUGAUACGGUGUACUGCUGCCCGUCACAAGCCAGCAACGAAAUCAGCAUCAGCUCAUCCAAGACAGACAUAACAGUUUGCUCCACAGAUCACGAAAACAUUUAUGAGCAGCUGUUGCGUGCAAAAGACUGGACCAACACGACCAUCCACACCUUCAUGAUCAAAGAGAACGGGCAGGUGAUCGACGGCAAGUACUGCCUGAGAGAUGAAUGUGGGCCUGGUCGGUUCGUCUUCAGAGUUCCCAUCAGCCAGUUUGUGUCUCUCAACAUGAGAGUGACGCUGCUCAUGAACUCCACGGAGCUGCUGGUGGUUCAUCUGUGUUCGUUUGAUGAGACGCUCUCCUGCUCCUCCCUGGUGGACUUUACCUCUGUGACGGACAGCAGGUACCCGUCCAACACCCAGGGGGAACACGCCUGGCCUCUGCACGUAGCCAGUCUGCACCAGAGUUCGUAUCAUUUCCGCUCCGCAGUGGCUGGUCUGGCAGACUGCAGUACCGAGCACCACUACGGGGGGGUGCUCUUCACAGAUUACCACUUCCACUUCUACAGACGCUGCCUUGACUGA